GGCGACAUUCGAACUCCGCCAACCUUUGUGCUUCGUGCUACCGUCCAUGAGCUGAUCUGCCUCGUCACCGUCCCCUCAACCCCCCUAGGCGGUCCUGGCAGACGGCUCCACCGUGUCCGCAUACGUCCGCUGGGCCCCUGGUCUUGCAACCACUGGUGUUGGCUCUGGUCCAACGCUUGACUAAUUGCACGCCUUCUUUGUUCAUUAUUCAAGAAAUUUUUGCUACGUGAUGUCUUCUCCGUCUCUAGACCCCUGGCCGACCGCAUACAGACUGUUAGUGUAGCUCCGUUGAGAUAUAAGACCACUUGCCGCCGCCGUCACUUCAAUCCUCCCUAUACUGGCAUGCUCUCACCUCACCGACCUACCACUACGUGACUGCCCUCUUUACCUCAACUCACUCCCACUUCCUGCAGCCACGCCUACCAAAGCAUCCUUCCCCUCGACCCAUACACAUCCCAAUCCCGAAAUCUAUCUCACCGUCGUCGUCCCUCUGCCUGGAAUGCACAUCACGGAACUUCCGUACGAAAUCCUGUCCAAGAUCCUCGAGGAGGCAGCCCGUGCCAACAUCCAAGAAGGCCCUACCUAUACGUAUGGCCUCUCGCAGGUGCAGCUGCCUCUCCAAAAGGCCUCAACCGAGCGUUAUGUCCGAGGCCCCGUACCUCCAGAGCUGCUGAAGUGGGAUGCUACCUCUGCUAUUCGGCUCGUCUGCUGGCAGUGGCAUGAAUGGGCCUUGGAGUAUGCUCUCAACGACGUCUACAUUCGCCGCUGGAAGGGCGGAGAGCGAUGGGCCGAGCUCACCACUCGCCGUGACAAAUAUCGCCUUUAUGAACUGAUUCCCAGACCGACCGGCACCGCCGUCUACCGCAACCCGUUCCAGACGCUCGAGCGCACCGUCGACACCUUCUCCAAGUACCCGCAGGUCGCUGCUAAGAUCAAGCGCAUGUGGUUCCACGGCUUCUACACGGCCGAGACGGACCGGCUCAUCUUUCAGUCUCUGAAGAAUUGCAUCAGCCUCGUGUCGGUUUCGCUGCCAUGGACGACGGUUCGCCACUGGGAUGCCGCGGCUUGGCGGACGUUGCUGCUUGGCAGUGGCAAGCCCCUGCGCUCGCUCGAGCUCCUUGCCGUCGAUCCCACCAAGCAGCAAGCCGAGGACCCAGACAACCAGUUCGAUGCGCAGUCGCUCCAGUCUGUCAAUUUCGGCGAGCUCCGACGAUUGAAGUUCUUCGGCGACACCACCUUCAUGCCCAUCACGGACCGCGACUUGUACGCCAUUGCACGGACGGCUACCCGGCUCGAGGAGUUCCACCUCACCUGCAUCUCCACCAUCACCAUUGACGGCGUCGUUGCUGUGGUGAAGGCGUCGCGCAACACCCUCCGCGUUCUGGAGCACAGCCCGCGCUCACAGGAUGGGUUCUGGCACCCGCAUCCAGGAUCUCCGAGCGACUCCGAGCAUUUGUGCGAACUCCUCCGAAGCUGCCCCAAGCUCGAAACCCUCUCCAUCUCCCUGCCCUCAGUCUGCGCCGACCUCUUCUCCGACAGGCACGUCCAGUUCGGUGGCGACAACGCAAAGUUCAGCGGCGAUCUCCAGGUUCGUGCCCUGCACAUCUGCGGCCAUGAGCACGGUCGUUCUACCGACGAGGCCACCGAUGCCCUCGAGAAGCUGCUUCACGAAGCGCGUUCUCUCGUCCAGCGCCGUGCCACUAGCGUGAUCCCCAGGGAGCUCUACAUCGAGCUGUUUUUCGCGGACUGCAUUUUCGAGCCAUCCUUCUCUUCGGUGCACGGGGAUUUCUCCCUCGCGCAGAUUGCCUCCCGUGGACAAUGGCCGCAGAGCAUCGAACCGAGCGGCAAGGGACCGUAUGGAAGCACUGGUCUUUACGAGAAGGAAGAGGAGGGACCUUUCCAGCGUAUCAACGAGAGCGAGUUCCUGUACGGCGUCCGCCGCAAGCUCUUGUCCAUCUCCACCUAACCGUCGGUCAUUGCCCUCUCGACUCCACCACUCUUCACUUCACCAUUGUCUAUCACCAUUCCUACCUCUAUUAAUUAUGAUUUUAUGACUAUAUCUGCAUUGGCAUUGGGAGUCUGGGGCGGAGCCAUCAGCCAAAAGGCGGCUACAGGGAUUUUUCUGCUUUUAUACCUUUACCAUUCCAAAAGGAGGAGGGAAAUCCGGGAAAAACAAAAGUUUGCAGCAUUCUGAUAUUUUCUUUCCUUUUGGAGUUGCUCCGCGGAUGCGAAAGCUGGCUAGCUGCCGCAGGUUUUCAGGAAUACCCUACUUUGCAUCCC